UUGUCAUUCGUUUUGACACUUUAAACUGCCAUCUGAAUCCCCAGAGCGAAAUUUAAACUCCAGUAUGGCUCCGAAUAUGUCCAUGAACUCAACAUCGUCAGAGAGAAACAUAUCAAACACGACGCAAGAAACCAGACAAAGGAAAUCAAAAAUUGACCCAUUACUUCAAAACAUAACCAGAGCAUUUAACGAAUCCAGAAAUACCAGGCAGGAAACAUCUUCGGAAGAAGAGGAAAGCAGCGAGGAAGAUGCGAACAUGCUCACAGGCUUGCUAUCUUCGUUUUUGGGUGGUCUAAGUCGACCUGAUGGAACAAUAGAUCUGGAAGCUAUACUUGGACUUUUAGGCAGUCUGAGUACACAAAAUCCAGAUGGGACCUACGAUUUUUCUGGACUCACAGAACUACUUAGAACCUUCUUUGGUGGUACAGAUGGAGGAUCAGACGUAGGAGCAUUUGCUGGAGCCCUGAUUGGUGCUGUAAUUAAGGGCAUAGCCAAUCCUCCAGGAGCAAAAGGAGCCGGCAUACUGUCAGGAAAGCUUGCAUCGGCUAUCUUGCCAGCCUUGAGUGGUCCGCCUGAUACUGACGAUAAUGCCAUGAAACCUGCCAAACCUCCACAGCUUGAUUCUGGAUCAUUUUUAACUGGAUUUAUCAAGACAUUCCUUGGAAGUGGGGGCAAUGGAACUACACAGGGAGGAGGCAAGCAAUCCAAGUACACCCUUUUCAAACUAAUAUUCUCGGCGAUCACAGGGGUGUUUCAAGCUGCAUCAUCGCUAGCAUCAAAAUCAGACUGGCAGUAGCAUGCAGUUUUGUACAAAUAUUUACACAUUUUUUUUAUUAUAUAGGGUGAGUCUUAAAUAAGUGCAAAUAUUUUUAGGGGUAGUUAUAUUUCGACCCCAAAAAAAAAUUGAAAAUCUUUUGAUUUUUUUUUUUUUAAUUUUUAUUUAAAAAUCAUAAUAGCGUCAUAAUGUGGCAAGAUUGGUACUAGAUUAAGUUUACAAAAAAGGAAACCCAGAAAAGAUCCAGUGGUUCUUAAAAUCUAAGCGAAAAAUCAUUUAUUUUUUUGGAAAUUUUCAGAGUAAAAUA